AUGGCGGACACUACGUUGUCGCUCUGUUGUAACGUUCCAAAUGAAGUGUCGCGGUGCAGUAGCGGUGGUGAAAUGGAUGAUAUUGGGGCGUUAAGUGAUGAAGUUUCCAACAUCGUUCUUGAAUCCGAUGUUGACCUCAGAAUUUACUCAAAGCGUGUUGAGGAACAGCUGGAAAGCCUCGAAUCUUCAGCCGUCGAGACCUAUGUUCGGAUGGGUCCCAGCGUAGUUGAACUACACAAGAAAAUUUCGACUUGUUGCAAAACUUUAGAGCGCAUGGAAACAAUAUUGGCAGAUUUUCACCGAGACCUCGGUAACAUUAGUUCGGAUAUACAAGAUCUUCAAAUACGGUCAAUGAAUAUGCACCAAAGACUGCAAAAUCGACAGGCUGUUCGUGGUGAACUCAGUCAAUUUUUAUCAGAUAUGGUCAUUCCGGAUGCCCUUAUUCAGCAUAUUCUUCUCACUCCAGUAACAGAGCAGGAAUUCAUCGAAAACUUGCACGAACUUGAUCACAAGUUGAAAAUGAUAGCUGAUCAAGGUGUAUCGGAAUAUCCCGCCUGUCAAGAUAUUGGAUCGUUAUUAAAGAAAUUAAAAACUAAGGCUGUCACUCGAAUACGAGAGUUCCUUUUGGAAAAAAUUAAGGUAUUGCGCAAACCAAUGGCAAAUUAUCAGGUUCCUCAGUCUCAACUUCUGCGCUUCAGGUAUUUUUAUGCAUUUCUCCUGAUCCACGAGAGAGAACUAGCAAGAGAGGUUCGAGGUAGUUAUCUUUUUACAAUGGAAAAGGUCUAUUUCGCCUACUUCAAAACGUAUGCAUCCAAACUACUCAAACUUCAGGCAGAUAGUACUCUCGAGAAGGAUGAUCUUGUAGGCAAAAAGUCCGAUGAAUUGAACAACUGGAAUCAGAACUCUGGUCCAUCAAGCGUCGUCAACGUUUUGCAGUCGUCUUCAGCUACCACAAAUCAGUCCACCUCUCGUCCGGGCCAGUUCGGUCUCGGUGGCCGAGCCGAACGAUUACUAACCAAAGAGGGCCUCCAAGCCGCCAUUCUUCUACCUCAUGCAGCAGCAAAGAACGAAUCCAAGUAUUUAAUGGAGGAGGUGUACAGGUCGAUCAAUUAUGCCCUUCUGGACACAGCUUGCCGGGAAUACGUAUUCCUUGGUGAUUUUUUCCUGCAUAGCUUUAGUUCCCCUGUUUCCAGCUCAAAGGCUUCACUCACAAGUGAACAGGCUGCUGCAUCAUUAUUUGACAAGGUCUUCGGUCGAACACUCGGCACGUUGGAGACAAGCGUAAUGCCUACGCUAAUUCAAGUUGGCCAAUACGAUCUCCUUGGAGUCUUGUUGAGUAUUCAACUUACCCAUUCAAUGAUUAGUUUAAUGAGGGAGCGCGGAGUCCCCGUCCUUGAUCGCUAUUGGUUUAAUCAAUUGGAUGCAAUGUGGAGUCGCGUGGUAGACCGCAUGGAGGCGCACAUCGCGUCUUUGCGAAGCCUAGACACUACUCAAUUUGCUCACCUAGCCGCCCUUCAUCUGCGUGCCCAACGAGGCGCCAGUAUCAAUGAGGCAGCCGCGGUAGCCAACCUCUCCCCUCGCGCCUAUAGCCUCAUUCGUCCCCACCCUGUGGCCCGUCGCUACGCCGAGUUGGCCGCCAGCCUACAUACCAUUGGGAGCGCGCUCUCGGUCUCUGGCGCAUCGAAGGAGGGAGGUGAAACGGUGGGACAGGUGGAGGGACACAAUUUAGAUCCACGAGUUGUCCUUGCACUGUCCAGAAUGCACGCCGAGUUCGAGGCGGCUUGCUACCGCCUCGCCAAAGCGCUGCCCCGUAAUCGUCUCCGACUUGUCUUCCUUAUCAACAAUUUUGACCUCAUCGUUAGUGUUCUCUCAGAGAAAGGAGCUGGCAACUCUCCGGAGGUCAAUCGAUGUCGGGAGGCAAUUGGGAUGCACACAACAGCCUACAUCGACCAGGCGCUUCUGCCUUACUUCGGCAGUAUGAUCAAUUUCAUCCAAUUCGUGGAGAAACGGGGCCCCGACGAAACAGUCGAUCAAAAUGAAGAGGGUAGGGUGACUCGCAUUGUCAAAGGGUUUAACAUUGACUGGAAAAACUCUAUUGAGAAGAUUAACAGCGAAAUUAUGUUGGAAUUCGCUAAUUUCACCCUUGGAACUCAGAUUUUUCAUGCUCUUCUUUCGCAACUCGUUCAAGUUUAUCAUCGUUUCCAAAGGGCUAUGACCCUUCCACCAUACAAAUCGAUGCCAGUGCGUAACCAGUUGGUUAGCAUACAUCAGAUAAUGAAUGAGAUCAAGGGAUUUAAAUCAAAUUUCUGA